GCCACCUGUCAGUGUCCAUCAGUGUCAGCUGUCAGUGCUCAUCCAUGCCACCUGUCAGUGCUCAUCAGUGCCACAUCAAUGCCACAUAUCAGUGCCUACCAGUGCACAUCAAUGCCACAUAUCAGUGCCCAUCUGAGCUGCCUUUCCGUGUCACCUAUCAGUGACAGUCAGUGCCACCUAUCAAUGCUAAUCAGUGCUGCCAAUCAGUGCCAUGCCCAUCAGUGAUUCCUGUCAAUGCCCAUCAGUGCCACCUAUCAGUGUUCAUCAGUGCAGCCUCAUUAGAGCACAUCAGUGAAGGAGAAAAAUCACUUAUUUACAAAAUGUUACAA